AUGCAAUGUUCAGAGUACGACAACUUGGCAACGCUGCGGGUGUGUGUUGGUGUGAGGUUCCAGGAGUUCCCAGUGAUCCGUCAGCAGAACCCAGCAACACAGACCAAUCCAGAGCAACACAAACCAGUCCAGAGCAACACAGACCAAUCCAGAGCAACACAGACCAGUCCAGAGCAACACAGACCAAUCCAGAGCAACACAGACCAAUCCAGAGCAACACAGACCAAUCCAGAGCAACACAGACCAAUCCAGAGCAACACAGACCAAUCCAGAGCAACACAGACCAAUCCAGAGCAACACAAACCAUUCCAGAGCAACACAGACCAAUCCAGAGCAACACAGACCAGUCCAGAGCAACACAGACCAAUCCAGAGCAACACAGACCAGUCCAGAGCAACACAGACCAGUCCAGAGCAACACAGACCAAUCCAGAGCAACACAGACCAAUCCAGAGCAACACAGACCAAUCCAGAGCAACACAGACCAAUCCAGAGCAACACAGACCAAUCCAGAGCAACACAGACCAAUCCAGAGCAACACAGACCAAUCCAGAGCAACACAGACCAAUCCAGAGCAACACAGACCAAUCCAGAGCAACACAGACCAGUCCAGAGCAACACAGACCAAUCCAGAGCAACACAGACCAGUCCAGAGCAACACAGACCAGUCCAGAGCAACACAGACCAAUCCAGAGCAACACAGACCAGUCCAGAGCAACAGAGACCAAUCCAGAGCAACACAGACCAAUCCAGAGCAACACAGACCAUUCCAGAGCAACACAGGCCAAUCCAGAGCAACACAGACCAAUCCAGAGCAACACAGACCAAUCCAGAGCAACACAGACCAGUCCAGAGCAACACAGACCAAUCCAGAGCAACACAGACCAGUCCAGAGCAACACAGACCAGUCCAGAGCAACACAGACCAAUCCAGAGCAACACAGACCAGUCCAGAGCAACAGAGACCAAUCCAGAGCAACACGGACCAAUCCAGAGCAACACAGACCAGUCCAGAGCAACACAGACCAGUCCAGAGCAACACAGGGCAACACAGACCAACACAGACCAAUCCAGAGCAACACAGACCAGUCCAGAGCAACACAGACCAGUCCAGAGCAACACAAACCAAUCCAGAGCAACACAGCCCAAUCCAGAGCAACACAGACCAAUCCAGAGCAACACAGGAGAAGGCAAAAUUUGACCAACAAAGUCAGUCGUCUUAG